AUGGGGACGCUUGAUGGCACGCUCCAUAUGAGCAUGUACUACGACAGCAAAGGAAAUCCACGUGGAGCUCUGCCUGGAGGGUAUCUCGAUAUGCCUCAAUGUCCGAAUUGCAAGAAACCGAUCCGCGGCCUCCGUCGUUAUGGACGUGUGACCAAGCGAGCUGCAAUCGACGCAGCAGACAAGAAUUUUAUAUCUCAUGCACAGCGUCGACUUUCAAACCUACAGGAGCGGACAAAUGCUAUGAUCGUAAAAGACGACCUUACUCACUUCAAGACCCUGCGGCACGACCUUAAUUCAUUCAGAAAUACUGUGCAAAGGCCUCCAUGCCAGAAGAUAUUUGAAGCAUCUGUUGCACUGAUUACAAAAAACAAAGGUGGUCAAGGUGGUGGCGAUGUGGACAUUGAUAUGAGCACUUUACCAGUCCCCAAAUCUGCCUUCCCGUACCUUGGAUAUUACAAUCUUCUAUCGGCACAGCUUUCGCUAUUGGAUACGUCCGCCUUGCAAAUGAGAGCAGAACAAUAUGCUCGUCAAGCUGUGAAGGAGUUUGGAAAAGCAUCGUUUUCACUUCAGACGCAAGAAGCUCGAUUAGUACUGACGCAGAUAUUGCUCGCAAAGCUUGAGACCAGAUUGGAUGACACGGUCAAGACUGAACAAGGACGUAUCGAGCGUCAAGAGCGUAUUUUACAGCUUGCUUCGGAACCAAACACUCUACUUGACAAGUUGGAAGCAAGUGGUGCGUCGUUUCUUGCGAAACAUGGCAAUGAUGUGCAAGAAUUCCGUCAAAAACUACUGAGUGUUGUUCAACGUGCAAGAAAUGCUACAUUCUAUCAAAGCGUGUCAAUGGAAGAGAAGAGAGCAAUUAAACUUGCCAUGCAAACGGAAUUUCGAGGCUCAGGUCAUUGGUAUCGUUGUGUUAAUGGACAUUCCUAUGCAAUUGGUGAAUGUGGAGCAGCUAUGGAACAAUCUCGCUGUCCUGAAUGUAAUGCACUUGUCGGUGGUACGAAUCAUUCAUUUGUCCAAGGAACUGAACGUGAUGAACAAAUGGACUUGAUGUAA